ACGUCGUACGGUGUAGACUAUCACUGUCGAGCCGCUCCCCUCAUUCGUAGCCUGUGAGGGACUUUCAAUGUAACAAUUACAAUGGCCAGACGUAACUGAUCAUUAGAAUUACUUAUUCCUAUAUGCAUGGUGUUGUGUAUCUCGCACAGAGUUUAAAAAUGUAAAUUGUACGAUGAUUCCUUGUAAAUAAAAUGGGAAAGACUCCCAGGAACACCUGUUGAAUUUUGUAAAGGAUUAGAAAAUCAUUGAGUGAAAUUGCGCCUCCUUGUGAUUUUGUUACUCGAGAACUUGUUUGCGUAACGUCGGUUUAGUGAAGUGAGUACUUGGAUAUUUACUCUAAAUAAGUUUAAUUUCAAAACCGCAUCGCGUGUAUAGUAUUAGUCAUGACGUGAGAACGAUGAUUUUUUCAAAAUUUAACCGAAUGUGAAUGAUAACAGUGAAAAUCGCCCCAUUAAUAUGCAGUCUUGAAGAAUUAGAAAGCAAAGGCGACAACGACUGGAAAUUCGUGUCCCACCUGUCAUGUGUGAAAUGCUAAAGCGUUUGGAGACCACAGGGCUUAGACUUGGCCUGUAAAUUUAGGGAAGUGCAAGUUGCCCAUAUACUUUGAAGCAAAAUUCGGGCAUUUGAAUAAUCGGAGGUUAGUUUAGAAGGAUUAUUCAAAGUAGGCUGACAUUAGCAUUUGGGCUUCCCGCAUAGGCCUAAUUUUCUCCAGGUCUCAGAAAGCCUAGCCGUUCACUGGAACACAGACUGGUUAACAUCUGCCGAAUUCAGCCAGUCAGUAAGAAGGGUUGACAUCACACCGUAUUCUAUUCCAGUGGAGAGCUUCCCUAAAUAUUUAAGAGUGGUAUAAAAAGACACCGAUCAUGAGGGCCCAACUGUUGCUCUUGCUCGCCCUUCUAGCCCUUGUGAUGGCCGCCAAGAGAGGAAAUGUUGGCACGAAGGAAAGGCAUGUCGGAAGGCGGAAGGGUGUACAGAAUGACGGCCCUGUCCACGAGAGCGACGUCUGCUUCCAGAGUGAAAGACCAAGCCCCCGUCUCUCUGGCCAAGCGGACGCAAAGGGCCCAGGUUGUGUUUUACGGCUUUGUGACUCGCGUCUAUAAGAAGGACGGAAGGGAGACGUAUCCCGCCGAAUUCUUCAUCGUCAACGUCUUUAAGGGAGCGAAUAUUAUCGCCAAGUUGCUCGGCGUCAACGGAGGAUACGGUGGGGUCUCCAACCUCAGGGACAAACGCAUCAACGUGACCAACUUUGGGCCUAUGGAAUCGUGUAUGGCCCCUCUGAAAGAACAGAGGACCUUCAUCAUUUUGGCCAACGCCAGGAACGGCCGGCACUUACGGGCUCAUUACGAUUACCCGGGCAGUGCCGCCGUCCAGUGGUCCAAAGAAAACGAGGAAGAAGUCUGGAGAGCUCUAGGAUGGGAUGGCUGGAGCGACUGGUCCGGGUGCAGUGCUUCGUGUGGCAGCGGCACUCAAGAAAGGAGGAGGUAUUGUCUGAAGCCCGAAGGUUGCCAUGGUUACAACACCGAGCGGAGACGAUGUAACUUCUUCUCCUGUAACGGAACGCUGGACGUGUUGCAUCUUCCAGACAAGCAGUACAAACCGCCAAAGUUCGGUUGGCGGGAAUCGAGCACUCGACCUGGCUCGUGGAGGGCCGUUAAAAAUCGGCCUCUUUUGGUCCACACGAAGGAUAUUUUUCCCGACGGCUUCCCGAAAGAGUUUUCCAUCCUGAUUACCAUUCGACCUGAUCUUGGGAAUAUGGGUAUGUUAUUCAUCAUGCAUCGUGCGUACGAAGGAGAGGUCUACCUAGGGCUUGGUCUGGGGUCAGGCCUCGAGCUUUUACACACGGGGCCUACCACUCCUGACGACGUGUUGCAGAUCAAUGUGGCUCCCAUCAAUGUCAAUCUCACCGAUGGACAUUGGCACCAGCUGGCCAUAAGCGUGAUGGAAGACAACGCCAUUCAGGUGUAUGUCGACUGCCGCUGGAUAAGUCGACAGGUCCUUCGACGAUCAACUUUAGAAAUCCCGAUGGACACUUUAUUGUAUGUUGGUGGGAUGCCUGGAAGGAGCUACGAGGGAGAAAUGGAGCAGUUUAUAAUCAGCAGAUCGUCCGAUGCCGUGGCUAAGCAAUGCAAGCCGGAGCCGAUUCCCAUCAUCGACGAAACACUGCAGGAUACCGGUCGACCUCUGGGGCUUGUCAUGCAGCAAGAACAGAACAACCACAUUUUCCCAGUCGUCCACCACCCAUACAAUGGGGGAGCCUCGGAAGAAUACGACUACGACCACUAUGACGAAGGAGGAGACUACGAGGGCGAAUACGAUAACGAUGGUGAAGAGUACGACGACGUAGGUCCAGACUCGUACGAUAAUUAUCCCAAUUACGUGUACGACGACUACGGAGAUUUCGAGGGAGACCGAAUUCCAGGCACAUCGGACUGGGAGAGUCCUCCCUCCACUUACGUAGAGGAAGUGGAGGCCCAAAGCGCCGAGAAUGGUGCGGAAGAAGACAGGCGCAGCGAGAUGAAAGAAAUGCCGGGAAAGGGGACGGAAGGGGAGGAGGCGGAGGAAAAAGGUGCACAUUUCGAAACGGGGAUUCCUGCCGCCUCUUCAGGAGCUACUGACGACGAGGACCUCAUCGAAGGUUCAGGAGUGCUGGAAGGGAAUGGAAGAUUUGUUUUGACUUGGUCCGUGUGGUCUGGUUGUUCUACAUCCUGUGAUGGAGGCGUUCGCAUCCGAUCAUUCAGAUGCCUUCCAGGUCAGGUAAACCUGGAGGAGUGUGUCCACUCUGGAAUUGAGACGCAGGAACAGAAGGCCUGUAACCUUCAGCCGUGUCCGUCAACAACCCCGGUCAGUCAUUUACCAACGACGACCACCGAAUCCCCGACCACUCCCACGACACCACCCGUUUUGGCAGACACAGAGUCUCCAUCUCCAACGCUCUGGGACCCUCCGGAAGAGGCGAGAGUCCAGUACCAGAAGGAGAUCAUGAUGCAGAACAUUCCCUACGUGACGACGACCAACGUCAUCCUCCCAUCCGUCACGACGUCGGAUAACGGGCGUCCUUUGGGCUCUGUCGUCACCUCUCCAGCUCCUCCCCCUAUAGUUAUGACGACGCCCAAGCAUGUCCAGAUGCAUCCUCUCUUCCCGACGACGGUCAUCAAUGCGGGAGGCCCAAUGGAACCCGUGCAGGAAAGAAAUUACGUCAAUGACACGCAGCGGUUUUAUUCAGAAACUAAACCUUUAAAGCCUUUGAAAUCGGAUCUCUCGGCCUCUAAAUCGGUUUGGCAGCCACAGGUGGGCAGAGACCUAAACGAAGUGAUGCCUCCUGGGGAAAGACCUUCUGCAACAGCCAAGAAGACUGCGUCGUCCUGGAACCGGAAAUGGAGUUAUCACUAUCACCAUCAGCACCGCAUGCGACACCAUCACACAAAACAUCAGUUCAUGCAAAACGAGCGAGAAUGCGGAGGGGGCUGUCUCAACGGGGGAGUGUGUGUUUACGGAGGCGUUUGUCACUGCAGGGGAGGCUGGAGGGGCAGAAGGUGCGAGCAGGCAGAUUGUGGACGCGGCUGCAUGAAUGGAGGUGUCUGCAUUGCGCCCGACACCUGUCGCUGUCCGCAUGGGUACACGGGCACCUACUGCCACGAUGCUGUCUGCAGCCCUUCGUGUGCAAAUGGAGGUACUUGUAUCAUACCUGGUCUCUGUGCUUGCCCCUCUGGGUUUCUUCCUCCAGCAUGUACUCCCAUGUGCACUAAGCGUUGCCUACACGGGGGAAUGUGCACUGGUGUAGAUAUGUGCACGUGUCCCAGUGGGUACAGUGGACCGAGGUGCGAAUCUGCAGUAUGCACGCCUCACUGUCAGCACGGAGGACGCUGUGUCGCUCCUGGUGUUUGUUCAUGCACAGCUGGGUACGGCGGACCCAUCUGCCAAAGACCCGUGUGUCGACCGCCGUGCCAGAAUGGUGGUGCAUGUGUAGCCCCUUACAGAUGUCGCUGUCCGAACGGUACAUUUGGUUCAUACUGCCAGAAUUUCCUUUGUUCUCAUGGAUGCGGUGUUGGAGGUGUGUGCAUAGGUGUGGAGCGAUGCCGAUGUGGAAUUGGUUACACGGGACCCACUUGUUCAAUACCUGUAUGUGACCCGCCUUGCAGUAAUGGCGGCACUUGCGUCAGCCCUGGGGUCUGCUCCUGUCCCGAGGGGUACUCAGGACUCUGGUGUACUGUCAAGAAGUGCAAGUACGUACCCAAGCAAGUGGCCUACACCAGAAGCUACAAGAAAGUGGUUCCCCAAAGAGUCCAGACUCACUGCGGAGCCUGGGGAUGGAAGAGUUGCACAUCUGUCAGACAGGUGUAUCAGACAGUCACCCAGAAAUUUUAUCGCACAGUGUACACCUGUAGCAAUUCCCCUUAGGGGAAACUGGGUAUCACCAGUGGUCGUUCCUUUUAGUCUCCCGUUUCGCAUGAUUAAUUUGAUUUUUCUGUAAUUAAAAACAUGCUGCUUUUUGAAAAAAAAUCUUGCAUAAUAUAUACCUAUAUUUAAGAUGUAUAAAAUGUGAAAGUCUGUGUAUGAAGGUCGUGUCGUUUCUAUAAAAACUAAGAGUUGUCUCACAUAGAGAUAUAUCUAGAUAUAAGUAGGUAAGGUUUAUUAUAGGUUUAGGAAUAUAUUAGAAACAAACAUUCAUAAUGGACGUAAGGCUGUAUACAUUUGCUUUUAACAUAACAAAAAAGGAAUAUCCUUAAGACAUGUUACAUAUCCUUGUACUACUCGAAGUCCAAAGAUAAACACUAUAAAUAUUCUUUUCUUUAACAAAUUUCUCUUUUGUAAAGAUUAAAGUAACCUUUUAUCUAAGUUAUAUUUUAGAAAAAAGCAUUUAGCCCGUAACUAACCUAAUCUGAAAACUAACAACUUUCCAUUAUGUUACAACAUAAAAUAUAUAAUAUGCUAAUACACAUGCACGUACAAAAGCAAAUAAGCCAAAAGGUUUUCUUAAGAUAAAUUACAAUAUACAUACUAAAAGUAUAAAAAGAAUUCAAAUCAUAAUUACAGGUUAUUGUAAGAACAUAUCCUAUGUAAUGACUGAUAUCAGAAGUAAUUAGAUUCCACUCUUUACGUACAAGAAAACCACAGGUAUAGUUGUUCUAAUGUAUAUUUAUCCUGAUUGGAGGCAAAUGUCCUCCUUUCUAGGCAAGGUAGCGCUUGCUCGUUCCUUCUUUAUCUCUCUUAAAUAAAACUGGCCCUCUCAGGUUCUGUCAUUGAUUAUUGUUUUAUUAUUUCACAUUUUUCGUUCAGGUAAUUUUUUCUUGUACUAAAUAUUAAAUUUGUUCUGCAUAUCUAUAAUUACGUAUAGUAAAAUUAAUAUUUUUAUAAGGGCAACUGUAGUAUAUGCCCCGGCAUACGUGUGAAAAAAAAAAUUUCGGAUUGAAAAAUUAUCCAGGACCCAUAAGUAAAUGGUCAAGGGUUGAAAAUUUUUUUUAACAAUUGUAAAAAAGCAUAAAUACAUAUUAAAAAAUAUUUUUUUUUUAGACCAAUGAGUAAUCUUGAAAUUCCGGUCUAUAUAUGGAUGAGUACAUGCUAAGGCUAUAGUAGUUAGUAAUUUUUAAGAUGCCUGAACAAUGAUGUGUGUGAAGUACUAUCUCCUUUUUUUCGGGCCAUUUCCAUAAAUGACUGUAGACGGUAUUUAGGUUGUAGAAAGCUAUGUUCAAUUAAACAAUCCAUCUUUUUGGUUCAUUAUAGGUCAAAAUUUUCCCUCUUAAAACCAUAUGCUUGCUGUACAUAAUUCUAUAGCUUAACUAUUUCUAUGUGAGUGUGGAUAUGUGAUUGCGUGGUGGUGUCAAAAAUGAUGACAAACUAUCUUCCAUGGUGUGAUGUGACUCAACAUUUGGAUUUGUUCUUUGUGUUGCCCUGUUUCCAUGAUAUAAAUAAGCGUCAUCUGAAUAAAUGUGACUGAAGAAAA